AUGUCGGAAACGGGUUAUCGCGCUGGACGGAAAAUCCAAAAGACAAAGGAGGCAGCUGGUCUCACUCUUGUCGUUUCACCUAGUGCUCCAUGUCCCGUUGAACCCAGCGAUGCUCAACUUGCGGUCGUUGCUCCUACUGGGCCUAGGUUUUCCUUGGUUUCGGGAAUACUUGCUUCGAGCAACCCAAAUGUGAAACGAUCUACCAGGAAAUCAACCAGGCGGAACAAGAGAAAGAUUUUAGAGACUGGGGUUAAAACCCGGAGUGGAGCAAAGAAGCUACGGUAUUAUUGGGACUUCGAGUUCAACUCCAACUACUUAAUCACGGAGGAUGCCGCAUCUACGGCUCAUUUAUUCAGACACUUCAGGAAGCUGGGGUGCAGGCUUCCAUCGUUCAAUAGGCUAGCUCAAGAAGAUAACGAGAAUUAUCACAGCUUUGCGACGUGCUGGGCAGGUAGCUCCUUUCUUACCCUUAUCGCCGCCUCCAAUCGGACUAUUGACUCAUACGAACGUCGCCUCCAGAGUGUUCCUCCCCCAGUUGAUCCUUCAGAGACAAACGCCACUACCACUGCCCUUAACGCUGAGCUUGAGAAUUUGUGUGCUGCAGCAACAGAGAGUGCUGAAGCCGUAAAGCUUUCUGAGGAGCGACUCACUAGGUCUGAACUUGGUGAAAUCAAAGCCAAGUACAAAUUGCUUUUUGAUAGCCGGAGGGAUGCUAUACGCAGGCCUCUUGUCAUGGUUUCCGAGAUGAAAGCUAACUACGAGCUCCUGGAGGAAAUCGUUAAAGGCGAGACCGUGGACUUUCAAGCUGAACUCGAGUCUGUGGAAGCUAAAGAGAAACUCUCCGAAGCUGAGGUAAGGAUUCCACCUCUUGAUCUGUCUCUGUUGGAGCGUCUCGUGUCCGGUUCUACUCUUGGGCCCGAGACAGCUGUGGAGUUCAUUUCGUCAAUUCUCCCCUUUAAUCAAUUCGGGACCAAUGCAGGAGUUCUCUUAGGCGAAAUUUGA